AUGAUGGACGAUUUUAUUAGUAUGGUCGUUGAUGCUCCAACGCCUUCUGCACAAAUUACUGGUGGGCUUCAUAUAGGUUUCGGAUUAGCAGAGAAACUAAGUGUCUCGCUACCAAACUAUAUUGAGACGGCAAUCGAAGUAGGCAAAGUUGUGAACCAUGCAGUUAUCGCUGUAUUAACCGGGAACAUUGCCUUCCUCGUGGAUGACAUUGUUAAGUUCGCUUCUGCCGCAAAACAUUGUAAAGCAGAAUGCAAACGUCUCGGCGAGCAAAUGAAAAUCGCUCGUGAUUCUGCCAAAGAUUUGUUAGACAAGUUAGAUAUGAAUCCGAAGGAGAUCGAAGAUAAGAGUUUCGUGACGGCGUUAAAAGCGUUCGCUAUCGUGUUGGAGGAUGGACGCGCCGUCGUGAAGCAACACGCGGAAGCAAAGUAUGGUCUAAAGAUUUUUCAUGCAAAAAAGUUUGCCGCGGAGUUUCAGGAUAUCGAAGAACGAUUGGACCAGGCUUGUACUCGACUGAAUCUUGCGCUCAAUAUUCGACGAUACGUUGAUAGUCAAGAGUGGGAAGAAACACAUCGUACAUGGCAUGAAGAGGAUAAAGUCGCUUUUGAACGAUUAAACACGUUAGUAAAAGAAUCGUUGGAAGAGAUUAAGAGUGAUAAACGUUUAAAAGCUUCCGCAAUAGAAAUACUAAAUGAAACAAGUAUAGUACCGACUGUCUUUACUGAUUGGAAGCAAUUCAAAACAGAUCGAGUUUUUACCGCCACAUAUCAUACCGUGGACGAACAUAAGAAUCCGUUAGCUGUUAAAACUAUUGUUAAAGUAACCAGAGCGAAAGAAUCAGACCCUAGUGAAAUGAGAUCAUUUGCGCUUGAAGUUACCUAUCUAAAAAAGUUAGCUCCAUGUCCAAACAUCAUAAAAUUAAUAGGAACAACAGUAAAACGUGGGGUUAUGGCACUUGUAAUAGAGUAUUGUGAAAAAGGUGAUCUUCAGUCACUGAUCGCAGCUGGGGAUUUAAAAGGUGAUUGGGGUAAAAAAAGAUCGAUAGCUUUGGGUGUUGCACAAGGUGUUGCAUAUCUUCAUGAAGCAGGAAUCUUCCAUAAAUACAUUAAUAGUGGUAAUAUACUAAUAGACAAUCAUUAUCAGCCGAAACUUACGAAUUUCCGAAAAUCACGCUGGAUUACCGGAAUAACUCGUAGAGAAGUUGAUAGUUUUGAAGAACAAAUUCGUUGGACGGCUCCUGAACGUCUUGGAGAUGAUGUAUCAGCAUACACAGCCGCAUGCGAUGUAUAUUCAUUUGGUAUUGUAUAUUAUGAGAUUGUAACAGAGAAAUUUCCAUGGCAAGGACUUCAAUUGGAUGCAGUCUACAAUAUUAGAAAAGUUGAAGGAAAAGAGCUUUUACUUGAUCCUAUUAUCCCACCAGCAAUCUCAACUGUAUUCACAAAUUGCAUCCAUCAUAACCCAUUACAACGCUUCACAACCAAAGAAAUUAUCGCCCACCUCGAAGCUAUUCGUCCCGAAGAAUUAGAGAUGAACAUCUUUAAAUCAGAACCAUUACCGGGCUUGGAAAUAAUGGAAGAUGAGAAAUCCAACUAUUUAUCACCAAAAUUGUAUGCUAGCCUUUCAUUGUCGGAUGUCUCUGAUGAUGAUGAAUCACCACGGGAUAUUUUAGAAAAUGGUGAAACACAUAAUCGAGUACGUGAGUGGGUAAAAGCACGUAAAGAAUAUGAAAAAGUGGAAGAGACAUUUCCGCAAGCUUGUUUUCGGCUUGGCGAAUAUUAUUAUUAUGGAAGAGGAGUGACGCAAGACUAUGAUAAGGCAUUCGAGUACUUAGGAAGAGCAAGGGAUAAGGGUAAUGGUGAUGCGAUAGACAUGCUAGGGUACAUAUAUUUAACUGGUAAGGGAGGCCCUAAGGAUCGGCAUAAAGCUGUAAAAUUUUUCCGCGAUGCAACAGAGAAAGAGAUACCUUUCGCAUUUUAUCACUUGGGUGUUUGCUAUUUUAGAGGGUGGGGUGGGUUAACAAAAGAUGAAGAACAGGCCAAAAAACUAAUAUUUAAGGCCGCAAGAAUGGGAAAUGAAGAUGCUCAAAAAUUCGCACAUUCACAAAAGUGGGACGUUCAACAAGUUAUGACGGCUGGUGAUGGUGAUGUUGUUUAA